AACCAACCAUAUAUAUAUAGGCUUAAUGUCAAUAUUAAACAUUUAAGUCUCUUCUUCUUACUACUUCCUCUUCACACAGCUGUAAGAUAUAGAGAGAUUUUGUAAUCAAGAUGCAGGUUGCUUCCCCUUCUCCCCCGCCGACGAAAUCCAUCGACGACGAACGCUUAACAGAGAUCUCCAUGAAGCUGAGCGAAGAUUUCGCCAAGAAGCUUGGAGUUUCAGAAGAAGGAGCAGAAAUUCGAAAACUCGAGAGAUCUUGGAGUAAACUCGAAGACUCCGUCGAAGAAGUAAAAUAUGUAGAGGAAGAAGAUGAAGAAGAAGAAGAGGAAGAAGAAGAAGAAGAAGAAGAAGAAGAAGAAGAGUUUUCGUUUGCUUGUGUAAACGCACAAGGAUCUCCGAUAACCGCAGAAGAAGCUUUCGAGGAUGGUCAGAUCCGUCCUGUCUUCCCUCUCUUCAACCGCGACCUCCUCUUCGACCAAAACGACGCCGUUUCAACGACCGACGACGACGACGAGAGUGUCCGGCCGCGUCUUAGAAAACUGUUCGUGGAGGAUGAGAAAGCAGAGGAGGGUUCGUUCUGCUCGUGGUCGAGUGGAACGGUUGCGGAAGCGUCGUCGCCGGAGACUUGCCGGAAGAGCAACUCGACGGGGUUCUCGAAGCUGUGGAGAUUUAGGGAUCUCGUGUUGAGAAGCAACAGCGACGGAAGAGACGCGUUUGUUUUCUUGAACAGUAACGCCGCCGUCGGUGACAAGUCUUCGAAGAAGCCAAUAGAAGAGGAGAAAAAGUCAACAAAGACGACAAAGGGUAAAGAGAAAACGACGUCGUCGUCCGAGAAGAAGGUGGCAAAAUCGGCGCACGAGAGGCUUUACAUGAGAAACAGAGCGUUGAAGGAAGAAGUGAAACACAGAUCGUAUCUUCCGUACAAGCAAGUUGGGUUCUUCACUAAUGUCAGUGGCCUUAGCAGAAACAUCCAUCCUUUCUGACAAAUUUCGUCAGACUAAUAUUUUUCUUUUUUAUAAAAAUAAUUAAAAUUGUAAGUUUUAGGUUUGUUGGUUGUUUUUUUUUUGUUUGAUUGGAAAACAAAUGAAAUUACUCUUCUCAUGGGUCCCUUCUGUUUGGUAAUUUGGUUUAAUUGAUAGCAGAAAGGUGUACCUUUUUUCUUUUCACUGUUUUAAGUGUAUUGUGGUGAAGAGCUUGGCUUGUAUCAAACCAUUUUGUAAGUAAAAAGAAAAAUAUAUAUAAGAUGCAAUUAUUUAGACUUGGC